AAAGGAAGGGCAAGCGCGGUUAGGGCCGGCUUUGGAGAGCGUCCCAUCUCUGGCCGCCAUCCUGGCCUCCUCCGUAGCUACGGAGGAUCUCAAGUGAAUGCGGGAGGAAAGAGAGAGGGAAAGGGCGCGGAGCCGCAGCCACAGCUCGGCGGCGGCACCGGAGUUGUACGGCUCCUCCUCCUCCUCCCAGUCACGGCUGCGACGAGAGGCGGCGCUUGCCUGCGGUCGGCGAAGUCGUUGCUCUGUCGCCGGCCGAGUGGCUCGGCCCAGAGUCGCCCAUGGUCGCGACGUGUCGCUUUGGAGGCGCCGGGAAUUACGCUAGGCCGCGUCCGCUGCUUCGGCCUUUCCCGCCGCUCCGACCGCGACACCUGCAGCCACCCGGCGUUGCUGCUGGGCGGAAAUCCCGCCGGUCCCUCGGGGAAUUCCAGACCGAGAAGGACGAAGAGCGCCGGCGGCUGCUGCUGCUGUUGCUGCUGCCGCCGCCGCCGCUGCUUCUUCGUGCUGUUCCCUUAACACUCGGUCAGAUCCCCCCCUGCUAAUACCGGGGAGAGGCGGAGAAAGAGCGCAGCAAAACCUCGCUAAGAACUUGAAAAACAGUCAUGUAUAUUAUAGUCUCGUGAUUUUUUUUAACAAAUGAAACUGGAAGAGAUAUGAGGUCUGCCUUACUGGAAUCUUCUUGGAAUACUGUUGUUAAGUAUUUAUCCAGUGGUAAUUUUAUGCAAUGGCCUCAAGCCACCGGUCUUCACCAGUGCCUCAAUCAAAGAACAAUGAUGCUUUCUUUAAAAAGGAAAUGGAUUCUUCCAAAUGUUUUCGACCAGUGCGCACGCUACCAGAUGUGUGCCCCAAGGAACCCACAGGUGAUCCUAGUAGCUUAUGUGGCAGUCCAUCUUUAGUUGUUGAUCAACAUCGAUGGACUAUUUAUCAUUCCAAAGUAAAUCUCCCAGCAGCACUAAAUGAUCCUCGAUUAACAAAAAGGGAAUCUGAUUUCUUUACAAAAACAUGGGGACAGGAUUUUGUGGACAUUGAAAUCGUGCCUUCACUCUACCUCCCACAAAUCAACAAGGAACAUUUUGUAACAUACCAACGGGAAGUUGUUCAGAAAGAGAAGAUUCAUGAGAAAUGUAAGAAUAUUUGUCCUCCUAAAGAUACUUUUGACAGGACAUUGUUACAUACUCAUGAUAAAUCCAGGACAGAUUUGGAACAAGUACCUAAGAUUUUUAUGAAACCAGAUUUUGCCUUGGAUGAUCCCAUAACAUUUAAUGCAGUAUUACCUUGGUCUCAUUUUAAUACUGCUUCUGGGAAAGGAAACCGUGAUACAGCUUCCUCCAAGCUACUCCAAGAAAAGCUUAGUCACUAUCUGGAUAUUGUGGAAGUAAAUAUUGCUCAUCAGAUCUCUCUCCGAUCAGAAGCUUUUUUUCAUGCAAUGACCUCUCAGCAUGAACUGCAAGACUACCUCAAGAAAACGUCCCAGGCUGUAAAAAUGCUUCGAGAUAAAAUAGGCCAAAUAGACAAAGUCAUGUGUGAAGGAUCUCUUAAAGUAUUAAGUUUAUCACUGAGUAGAAAUAACUGUAUAAAAGCGUAUAAUAAGCUGAAGUUGAUGGCAACUGUACACCAAACACAGCCUACGGUACAGUUAUUGUUGUCCACUUCUGAAUUUGUUGGAGCAUUAGACUUAAUUGCAACCACACAGGAAGUGCUACAGCAGGAACUUCAGGGCAUACACAGUUUCCGACAUCUUGGAUCACAGCUUUGUGAAUUAGAAAAACUGAUAGAUAAAAUGAUGAUUGCAGAGUUCUCUUCUUAUUCGCACAAUGAUUUAAGUCGACCUCUGGAGGAAGAAUGUCAAAUUUUAGAAGAGGAAAGGCUUAUAUCAUUAGUGUUUGGACUUCUAAAGCAAAGAAAGCUGAAUUUUUUUGAAAUAUAUGGAGAUGAAAUUAUUACCACAGCAAAGAAUAUAAUAAAGCAGUGUAUUGUUAACGUAGUAUCACAAACAGAAGAAAUUGACACAGACAUUGUUGUAAAACUUGCAGAUCAAAUGAGAAUGUUAAAUUUUCCGCAGUGGUUUGAACUUCUGAAAAGUAUUUUUUCUAAUUUCAUUGUCUUUCUCAAGAGAAUUAAGGGAACCCUAAAUGUCAUCAGAAGCGUGGUUCUCUUGGUUCUUGACAAGAACCAAAGGAACAAGGACGUGGGCAAUAUUUCUGUGCAGACCAAUUCUGCAAAGGAGAGCUCCAUAGACACAGAAGUGGCCUAUCUGACUCAUGAAGGCAUGUUCAUAAGUGAUGCUUUCAGAGAAGGAGACCUUCCAUCCACAGUAGCUGAUUCUGUCUCCCAGAGAAACCUUUACCAAGACAGUCAGCCCAGCAGUAGUGAUUCUGUGUCUGAAGCUGAAUGUACCACUGAUUCCUCAUCUAGCAAGGAGCAGACUUCGUCCAGCGUAACCCUGGGUGGAGUUGAGAUCAUGAUUGGUGAGGAUAUAAAAUUGUCAGAACUGGAACUGGGCAGAUUAGCAAAUAACAUCCAGGAGCUACUUUACAGUGCCUCUGAUAUUUGCCAUGAUCGCUCUGUCAAGUUUCUUAUGGCUAGAGCAAAAGAUGGAUUCCUGGAGAAACUGAAUUCUACAGAGUUUGUUGCUCUUUCGCGAUUAAUGGAAACAUUCAUCUUGGAUACAGAACAUAUAUGUGGUAGAAAAAGUAUGUCGUUGCGGGGUGCACUUCAAAGCCAAGCUAAUAGAUUUGUAAAUAGAUUCCACGAGGAAAGAAAGACGAAGCUCAGUCUUCUGCUAGAUAAUGAACGUUGGAAGCAAGCUGAUGUUCCUGCAGAGUUUCAGGAUCUUGUUGAUUCUAUAUCAUAUGGCAAAAUUGCUUUACCAGAGAAAAAAGCAGGAGCACCUGAGGAAAGAAAGCCAGCUGAUUUUCUUAUUGUUGAUGGACAAAAAUAUGCUGUAGUUGGGACAGUGUUGCUAUUAAUUAGAAUCAUCCUUGAAUACUGCCAGUGUGUGGAUAAUAUUCCCUCCAUAGUGACUGAUAUGCUCACUCGCUUGUCUGAUUUACUGAAGUAUUUCAACUCAAGAAGUUGUCAGUUAGUACUUGGAGCAGGUGCUUUACAAGUGGUUGGCUUGAAAACAAUAACUACAAAGAAUUUAGCUCUUUCCUCCCGCUGCCUACAGCUUAUAGUAUACUACAUUCCUGUGAUCAGGGCUCACUUUGAAGCUCGCCUGCAGCCCAAACAGUUCAGCAUGCUUAGGCAUUUUGACCAUAUUACCAAGGAUUACCAUGACCACAUAGCAGAAAUUUCCACUAAACUUGUAGCCAUAAUGGAUACUUUGUUUGACAAAUUGCUUUCCAAGUAUGAAGUGAAAGCACCGGUACCUUCUAUGUGCUUCAGGAAUAUUUGUAAACAGAUGGCAAAGAUGCAUGAAGCAAUAUAUGACCUGCUUCCUGAGGAGCAAACACAGAUGUUAUUUUUAAGAAUUAAUGCAAGUUACAAAUUUCACUUAAAGAGACAGUUGGCCCACUUAAAUGUAAUCAAUGAUGGAGGACCUCAGAACGGAUUGGUUACAGCUGAUGUAGCUUUUUACACUGGAAACCUCCAAGCACUGAAAGGGCUUCAGACUCUAGAUUUAAACAUGGCUGAAAUCUGGGAACAGAAGAGGUGACUAACAACUUGCCACUUCACAGUGAAUGAUUUCUUGCAAACUGAAGAAGAAACUCUCUUGAAAUGUGUUAGAACGUUAGCAGUAGCAAUGAUUUGAGGAGAAUCCAUUUCGCAAGAAAAGCAACAGCAGUUCUUUGCGCAGUUUCUUCAUUCUCUCUGGAACCAGACUCAGGUUUCUUUGGACCAAAUCCAAAAUAAUUCAUAGCUGUAACACAGCUGUUGUCUAGAGAGUACUCUGUAAGUCUUUAUAUUAAAAAGAUGCUUUGCAUUUCCUCUAGUGCAAUGAAAUUCAUGUGGUGUCUCACCUUAUUUAAUGAUGGUACAGUUUGAAAAGUCUUGCUGUUGAAAUCUUGAAAAUGUUUUCACUAUAAAAGUAUACUGUUAAAAUUAUUUUUUUACAGAUGUUUCUAUAAAUUCUUGAUUACCUACAUAACUUUGGAUUUGUUAAGGUGCAUUCACGUUCCAAAGUAUUUUUUUCAAUUGAAUUACGUGCUGUCAUCAGGAAACAAUAUUUGAAAUAUUUCCUGUAUCUUAAAAUGAAGUUGUAAAGCUUGCUCAGUUCUUAUAAGGGCAAACUGGAAAGGCAGUUCAAGCGUAUCUGUUGUUUAUUUAAGGAGAGUGAUUACAACAAUGUAAAUUGGCCCCUAUUUCCAUGUAACAUUUACCUCCAAGUCUUUCCCACCCACACCAAUUAAAAUAUUUCAAAGGUGCAUAGAAAUAAAUAUGCCCAUAAAAGCAACAGUGUAAAGGGUAUUAAUUUAUAACACUUUUUAAUGCUUUCAGGCUGGUACCUGCCUGUUAUAAAGUAAUAAAGUGCCUGUGUAUUUCACCUCACAGCAUUUUUAUCUAAAUCCAGUGAGUGCCUACUCUUGUGAUGAUUAUGUACAACGAUAGUCCACCAUGUUUUGUGUGCCUAUGGCUUUUUUCAAACAGGCAUGCCUCUCUGUUAACAUUAGCAGAAAUCACUGUCAAUCAAAAUAAAACUGU